CUCACUAAAGAAAGUAAGAAACCCAAUUAAAGGAAGCCUCAUUCCACAGCUCAUGCAUGUGAGUUUAUAGCUAGCCUAGAAUGAAGAUUAUAGGGCAGAUUAGUAUUCUUAUCCUACUAGUUCUAGGCAUUUGCAGCAUAGAUGCUGCAGAUCCUAUGGCAGAUUUCUGCAACAAAGACACUAAUAUAAGCAAAAGUAGUCAAAUCUCAGCAAAUAUUGAUGCUCUACUGGCUGAGUUGGUUUCCAAAACUGACUCAACUGGCUAUUUUGCUACUUCCUAUGGCAAAGGCCAAGCUCAAGUCUAUGGCUUGGCUCAAUGCAGAGGUGAUGUUGUGGGAAGCAAAGACUGCUCAAGUUGUAUUCAAGACGCUGCAAAAGAAAUCCGCCAGCGUUGUCCAGACCAAGCAGCUGCAACGAUUUGGUAUGACUUUUGCUUCUUGAGGUAUAGCAACAAGAGUUUCAUUGGAGAAGUUGAUACGUCUUAUGGUAUAAUCUUCUAUAAUGUUCAGAAUGUGACUGACCCUGAGAAGUUUGUCAAAGAACUAGGAGCUCUUGUGGAUAAUAUUAAAGCACAAGCUGUGGUGCCAAAGAAUCUAGGAUUUGGGAAAGGUGAGACCAAGCUGUCACCAUUGACGACACUCUAUGCCUUUGGGCAAUGCACAAGGGACUUAGGUAAGCUAGAUUGUUCUCAGUGCUUGGCCAUUGCAGUGGGAAACUACGAAACCAUUUGUGGCAAUCGAAGGGGAUGUCGAGUUCUGUAUGGUAGUUGCUAUGUCAGAUAUGAGCUCUAUCCAAUUUUCUACCCUGUUGGUUCCAACAGUAGUAUGAAUGUUGUGGCUGAUGAAACUAAAAUGAUUCUAGUCAAUCCAUAGAAUUUGUAUUCAGAGUGUGCUAUUCAAAAUAAGCUACUCCAUUACGUUGUAUUUUAAUAAGCAAGCACAUGUAUCUUUUUCUCCAUUGUGGUAAUAAGUACGAAAUUCCAUUCUGUGAUC